AUGGCUUCCCUAUCCGCCCCCUCCACCCCUAGGGCAGCAUCUUCGCCUGUAGCUACUUCAGACGAGUCUCGAACACCAGGAAAAUGGCGACACCCACAGUUGAAUGAAAUAGUCCGGCGACAGAAUGCUGGAACAUUUGGAGAUAGUAAUAUCAAAAGAGUUCUGUGGAAUGGUGCCGCUCUGCUAGCAACCUGGAUCUUUGGCAACACCUUUAAAUCCUAUUCUCUUCGACUCGAAGAGUCCAGCCAGUACUCUACAUAUCCUGAUCUUUCCCUGCUUGUGUUACAACUUAUCUUCGUCCUCAAUAUCCUCGUGGCUCUAUACCCUCUCAUCCGCCCAAAGGACAACCUCUCCGAUAUCCCUCUCACUCCUACGCAACGCGCCCUCUUAGGACUUGAUCCAUCCGCCACAGCACCGCCGACGCCGGGAUCUACAUACAUUACUCCACCCAAAUAUCGGCUCUCUGGAUCGCGGGCAGCAAGUCCGGCUAGCAGAAGUGCAUCGCCUUUGUCGACCAGCGCUAGCGCUUCUGGACGUAGGGUAUCGUCGGGCGCAUUGUUUUCGCCUUCUACUAGUCCAUUGCUCCACAAGGCUGUUUCAAAUGGAGGAAGAGAAAAUGGGCGGAGACCGAGUUUUGGCUCUCCAUCACCUCUCGGUCGAAGCUCACCUUUUCGUGAAUCAAGCUUUCGCGAAUCAAGCUUCGGAUCGAGUAUGGGUCCUGCGACUCCGUCGCCAGUAGGGGGGAAGCGUGUCAAUCUGGGUCUGAGCAACAAGUGGCUUUAUGAGCGGAGCAGGCGCCUGUCAGCGAGCAAUGGUAGUCUUUGA